AUGGUUUCAAGUACCCGGCUUCUGCUCCUCGCCAUCGUCAUCUCCUUCUGCUCCAACUGGCAGUUCGCGUUUCAAAUCACCUAUGUAAACACCUCUGUGAAAACCUUCUACGACCUCGCCAACCAGGGCUACCGACUGCAACACAACUGCGCUAAGGAUGACGUGCGUUGCCGCCUCCCCAACGCGGAGUGGUCAGAGCGAUGGAGCACGAUUGUCUCCAGUUUCUACCCGGGAACCCUCGUCGGGUUCCUCGCGGUCCCCUUCAUCGUCGAGCACAUUGGCGUCAAGCUGACGAUGAUCAGCAUGAGCUUCUGCGCAAUCGCUGGAUGCUUGGUGCACUUCUUCGCGGCUUAUGCGGUGCAUAGUGGCGGAUUCAUGUUCGACUCGAUUCUCGUGUUUGGCCGCUUUUUGAUCGGAUGCCAAUCCGGUACCUCGCUCUCCCUCCUUCCGCUCUAUAUCGUGGAAGUGAGCCCGAUGAAGGAUCGAGGGUUCCUGAAUACCUUCCAGCAAGUCGCCCAAGCGCUCGGCACACUGUUGGGACUCCUGAUCGGCUCCGAAGCCAUCAUCCCGCUUGGAGAGUGGCGGUAUACUGUAAUGCAGAUCUCCGCCCUCCUCCCCACUCUCCUCUACGUCAUCGUGCUGUCUUUCACGCCAAAGACGCCGAUGCAGCUGUUGAAGGAUGGGGCGGAUAUCUCGAGUGUCCUCUCAUCCCUCCGCUUCUACCACGGAAAAGAGGGAAAUCUGAAAGAGGUCGAGAACGAGACGGCCGAGGCCACGAAGCACUCCUAUGACCAGAAGCCGGAGGGUAUCCCAUGGGCCACGUGGAAGGGCUUCUUCGUUGGAGCCUGUGCCGCUAUGAGCUACUCCUUUACGGCUGACGACUUGAUAGACACAUUUUCGGCGCAGAUUUUGCAUAAAGCCCCAAUGACGAACGGUACCGAAGACGGCGAUCUCAUCGACGACUCUGCCGACCGGAUAUCAGUGAUUCUCGGUGGAAUCCUGGUUAUUGGCAGUAUAGCAGGAACGUUUUUGAUCGACCGCUACGGUAGAAGACCGUUAAUACUUUUCGGCCUCGUCGGCUCGGCCAUUUCCAACGCCGUGGCAGUGAUUUUCUGCACGAAUUCCUUGGUGGUGACGCUCGGCUUCGCCGCGACGAAGUUGUUUAUAGGACUCGGAGCCGGUGCCCCAGCUUGGUUCCUCACCUCGGAGCUUGUCCACCCUCACUACAUGACGGUCAUGCAGAGCUUAUCUACAGGAUUGCUCUUAAUGUCGACUGCCCUCGCAACGUUCUUCUUCUUGCGGUUAGAACUUUUAAUCGGCACAUGGUCGAUGUUCGUCCUCUCCUCGGCCCCAGCCUUAAUAUUGGCCGUGAUACUGUUUUUGUAUCUGCCGGAGACGAAGGACCGAACCCACGUGGAGAUCCAGCACAUCCUCGGCAAGCACACCUUCUCCGGAUUUGUGAAAAAGCGCGGUCAAAAAGUGGCCCCCGUCUACGGUAGCCUC